GCGCGCGUCUUCCCGAUCGGUGGUCAUUGAGUUUGCACGAUCAGACGGCCGGCCUCCGCAGUCGUUUGUCUUGAUCGCAAGGCUUCGUUGUGCACAGCAUUCGCUGUACUACCCACCCAAAAUGAGUGGCCGGCCCCGAGGAGGCCGUGGUUUGAGCGGCCGAGAGGGCAAAGAAACAGAUCUUGAAAACGACCUGCUUAGCCGAGCCGUCGAAAGUCUGCGGAAGGCACAAAGUUACAACGACCAGUCCAAGCGGAUAGGUCAGGACAUUAUCGCUCUUGAAGAAGAGAUCAAAGCAAACGGACAUUCUACUCCUGAUAAUCACCGCCGGCUUGAUGCACUCUACCGAGAAAACCUGAAGUGCGCAGAGAACGAGAAGAAGGUACACGAUGACGAGGAUAUUAUUAACAACCUAGCCAUCCUUGCCACUAUGAAAUCCAAUGACGAUCUUGCGCCGAGAAACGGUCAACCCAAGUCGCGCAAGCAUCAGAGGCCUACAAUUGAGUCAGAUGUGGUAGUGGAAUCUCCUGGUCCAAGUCCUGGGGAUGGCCGCCUUGAAAUGAUGAAGCGGGUCAAAGGUGCUGCUCCGCGAAGUUCUAGCACCGCCAGUCAAAACCGAGCAGCAACCGUCCCCAAGGACGACGGCAUUGAACCGCAUAAGGGGGUUCAGGCAGAAAAGGCUGGUCAACUCAUUUCCGGAAUCGAAGUGUUCUAUAAGUACCCGAAAGACCAACAAGAGAAUGAAGAAGGCGUCGGCAUACACGGUAUCAUCAAAAAAGUCUGGCAGGAAAAGAGACCGAUUCAGUACGAUGUUCGAGAUCCUGAGGACGACGCUUCAGGAAAACAAACAGUCCGAAAAGCCACGGCACGAGAUCUUGUCCCGAUCCCGCAGACCAACGUUGCGACUGCUCAAUUUCCUAUAGGCGCUACUGUCUACGCCAAAUAUCCCGACACCGAUACCUUUUAUCGAGCAAGAGUCAAGAGCUUUCAGAAGACCAUCUAUAGUCUGAAGUUCGACGAGGAUGAUAAGGAAAUGCUCGUCGACGUACGAUUUGUACUGGACCCGAGGAUGAGGUGAUGCUCGAACAGGUGUUGUUUGGUGGCUGGAAGCCGCCAGUCGUUGCAUUGAAGUCCACAAUAAGCCGCGCCUGAGUCCGCCCAUAUCUCGUACACCUUGACCUUGUUGUCCUUAUCGAACUCAAGCGCAUAUGUAAACACCUCAUCCCAGCUCUGUCCGGUACUGGUCCAGGUGAACCUAGCCUCUCCGCGACACGAUACUUUCAGGACGUCUGGGUCGACCACGAAAUUACUGAAGCGCAUAUUCUCGUAUUUGAGAUUGGAUGACAAGAGCUGG